AUGAAAUUAUCCCAAACUACCCUCUUUGCUAUCUUAGCUUCAUCUGCGUUCGUUUCUGCCGCUCCAGCUGCAGUCGUUGCUGAAAACUCACUCGUUACCAGAGGUGAUGCCAAUGAAAUUUUAGAAAUUUUAUCAUCGCUUAAGCAAGUCAACGAAAAGAGAGACCUCGUCUCUGAAAGUGAAUCUUUCGAACUCUCUAAGAGAGCUGAUGGCUUGGUUACCGAAUUAGUUGCUGCUUUAGCUUCUUCUGGUGUUAUUGCCGAUGUUUGGGAUACUUUGACCCAAGACGAAACUCUCAAAUCUGAAAUCCUUAAUAUUGUUAAGACUACCGUCAAGGCUGCUCUUGUCCAAGGUCCAGCUUUACUUAAGGCUAUUUGGGAUUCCGGUUUAAUCUCUAAGCUUUUCCAUGAUAUUCUUAAUGACAGUGACUUACGUUCUGUUUUACUUAAGGUUGCUAAGUCACUCUUCUCAAAUGCCCUUAACUUAUUAAAGGCUUACAAAUCAGGUUCAUCUGGAUCUAGUACCACCGCUACUACUGCUGUUGCCGUUGCUCUUAGCACUGACAAUUCUGCUGCUACUGGUUCCUCAUCCAGUGGAAGCGAUGUUGAUAUCAGUGGAAUUCCUUCCCCAUCCGAAUACAACUCAGGUGCUAAGCGUGACUUCAUUGAUGGCGAAUUCUUAGACAAGAGAGAUGUUGCUUCCAUAGUUGUCACUGUUGCCAAGCAAAUUAAGGAUUCCGGUUUAGUUUCUUCUUUAAUUCAAAAGGUUAUGGCAGACCCAGAAAAGUCUAUUACCUUUUUGACCAGUCUUUUAAAGAAGGGUUUCGUUCUUGCUGAAGAUCUUAUUGGCUGGGCCAAAAACUCGGGCCUUCUUAAUGAAGCUCUUGAAUACUUGGAAAAGAACGGUGGUCAAUACAGUAGUGCUCUUGCUUCUUUCCUUGGUGAUCAAAUUGAAAGUGGUAAUGUUACUGCUUCUGAUAUUGACAAUGCUGGUACAUCAUCUGCUCUUACAGGUACCACUAUUGCAACCACAGCUGUCAACACCCAAAUUACUACUGCUGCUACUACUGCUACUACUUUACAGCAAGUUAGAAGAGCAUAUUAA